CCUAACACGGGUCAGGGAGGUGCAGAAGGCUUCCGUCUUUCGCUCUGUCUUUCCUUUUGCCGAUGGAUGUUUGCUCAGAACAAUUUUGCAGUUGAGGGAAGUCAAUGGGGGUGGGGGGACAUUUCUGGGAUUUGCUAAAGCCAUAUGCACGAGCCGAAGGUUUUGAUUUCUUGAGGGACAAGCGAGUCGCUGUGGACCUCUCCUUCUGGAUUAUCCAGCAUCAGACUGCUAUUAAGGCCCAUGCUCGGAAACCUCAUCUACGACUUACCUUCUUCCGCACCAUCAAUCUCUUCUCCAAGUUUGGAGCAUAUCCAGUCUUUGUGGCAGAUGGGACCCCUUCGCCGUUGAAAUCACAUGCUAGGAUUUCAAGAUUUUUCCGUUUUUCUGGCAUUGAACUAAAAGAUUUUCCGGUGGAUGAAGACAGUGUUCCCGUUGAGAGGAACCGUGAAUUUUCAAGGCAUGUUCAGGAAUGUCUCGAACUUGUGGAGUUACUUGGAAUGCCUGUACUAUAUGCUAAAGGAGAGGCAGAAGCACUCUGUGCCCAAUUAAAUAGUGAAGGUUACGUAGAUGCUUGCAUCACAUCUGACAGUGAUGCAUUCCUAUAUGGUGCGAAAUGCGUUAUAAAAAGCUUCUGCUCUAAUGCCAAAGAAGCUUUUGAAUGCUACAAUAUCGAAGAUAUUGAAGCUGGCCUUGGGUUGAAGAGGAGACACCUCAUAGUCUCUCUUCUCGUUGGAAAUGAUUAUGAUUUAAAUGGUGUUCGGGGGAUUGGGCUUGAUACGGCUCUUCGUUUUGUUAGAUGUUUCGGUGAAGAAGAUGUGUUGAAUAGAUUGCAAGAUAUUGGCAAUGGGAAAGUUUCGUCAGCUCCCACCAACAUUAAAUCUGCUGAAAAUUGUGUUGACAUGGAGGGGAACUUUCCAAGCCGAAAACAGCUUCAUUGUUCCUUUUGUGGGCAUCCGGGCAGCAAAAGAGAUCAUAUGAAAUCUUCUUGUGAAUUUUGCAUAACAAGUGAUGAUGAAGGUUGCUUGAGAAAACCAGAGGGUUUUACCUGUGGUUGCCCUUCCUGUGAUAUGGUUAGUAAACGAAAGGGGCAGAGAAGGAGGGAAAAUUGGUACACAAAAAUUUGUCUCAAAAUUGCACAAGAGCUCAAAUUUCCCAGAGACGAAAUAAUUGAAAUGUAUUUAUGUAAAGACAGUGGUUGCCUUCCUGCAAGUGAUGAUCCUUGCAUCUCAUGGGGCAAACCCAAGAUUGAGAUGCUGAUAGAUUUUUUAAACUUUCAUCAGCAUUGGGAUCCAUCUUACAUUCGACGACAGCUAUUUCCUAUGAUGUCUACUAUCUUUUUGAGAGACAUGGCUAAUGCUCCUGUAGAAAGUUUGGUACUUGGGACAUUCGAGCUUGAUUCAAUACAGCGUGUGAAGAUAAGAUAUGGAUAUCAAUCUUAUGUUGUCAAGUGGAAAUGUGCAGUUGGCAACGUUAGCUGUACAGUUCCAUCUCAUGACUCUAGCAUGCAGCAAGCAGAUGGUAGUGAGCAUGAUGAAUUUGUGGAUCUACUAGAUGAUUCUAGUAUUUCUGAUAUGGGUGAUGGGUGUAGCUUCCUGCUGACAGAUGAAAAUAUGGAUCUUGUGAGGGCUGCUUUUCCAGCAAAAGUUGAAAGGUUUUGGCAAGAGCAGGAACUGAAGGGAUCAAAAAUAAGAAAGGCUUCUACCCCACGAUCUCUAGAGAAGGAGAGUUCAUCAUUAAAAACAAGUAGUAUUCAACAAAGCAUUACAAAGUUCUACCGCUCAGUGAAAACGCAAGAUCAUUCAAACAGGAAGCUGCAUCUGAUAGCUUUGAUGACCUUGACUGUGGGACCUUAAAAGGCAAAAGAACAAUGUCCAGUCCAAAUCUUACGAAAUCAGCAAGGCGUCGCCUUUUAUUUAAGUAGGAUAUGUUAAACUUGUAGAUCUCAUGAGUCCUGAAAUGCUUUUGGAGAAUGUAAUUAUCUUACCUUUCCGGUUUAAUUACAGUUUGAGCAUAAACUGGCAUGUAGGUUUUUUUUUUUUUUUAAUUUUUUAUUUAAUGGUAGGCAUGUAAAUUUGUAGUGUAACAUUAGGCUUCUUUUGGCAUGUCUCGGGUGGGUUUUCAGAGGUGAGGUAACUUUUUGUUAUUGGCUUCUGUUUCUUUUCAAUGAUGUAUCAAUCUCAUUUUCCUUUCUGUAA